AUGGUUGGGGGACGGGGGAGGGUGUACAUAUACAGCAACGCGGACAUAAGGGCCGUUGUAUUCUCGGUUUCAUUUUUUUUGCUAAAAGUCGAUUCGUGGAUGGGGGUGAGAGAAAUAAUGACAACCGACGACCGAGGGAGGAUAAGGUCAGGCUGUGUGUCUGGGGAGGUGAAGCUCUUUGCGGGGAGAAGACUUCAAGUGCCGUUGGCUGCCGGCACAGGAGAGAGAGGCAUCACGGAAACAGGGACAGAGAAGUUUGCGGGAUGUUCUACAAAGGAGUCCAACCGCCUAGCUGGGUCAUGA